UUCACAAUAUUUUUUUAAAAUUAUUAUCCCAAAACUUUUUCAUCAUAUUCCAUCUUCGAGAAUAAUUGUCAAACAAAUCUUUGCACACAUCUUUAGAGAUGAACAAACAUUAUGGACACUAAAACCAGAUUUAAUUUUGUUAUUGUUACAAUUGAAUCAGAAGGAAAAUUUCCAAAUUAUUAUUGAACAAAAUGCCGUUCAAAAUUUUGCAAAAAAAUUUGCUCUUCAGCAAAUUAAUGGUGAUAAUUUACGUCUUCAUACUUUACGAUUAUUAAUCGAAUCUAAAAAGAACAAUAAAGAUCAAUUUAAUCAAACCGAAUUGAAUCUUAUAUAUCUGCUUUUCAAAAAUUGUGAUACAAUUCAACAAGCAUCUGGCCGUGAUGAAUUAGUCAAGCUAUUUAAAAUAUUAUUCACGAGGAUUGCUCAAACUAUCAUUCAGAUUAACAGAAACAAAACCGAAUUUUCAAAGACAAAUAAAUUUUAUAUUGAUUUCAUACGAAUGAUAUGUCAAUAUUGUUUAGACAAUUUACAUAUGAGUCGAUAUUUCGGUUCAUUGUUGAUUUAUUUGAAAAUUUUAAACUUGUUAGUGGACUAUUCACUCGAAUCUGAACCGUUAUUAGUUUUGAUAAAAGAUUCAUGUAUCACAACUGUUGACCGUCAAUCUCUAAUAUUCAUGUUUCAACAUAGUUUGCAAGAAAUUCGAACAAGUGCUAAAGAUUUCAUUGUUUCAUGUUAUCGUUUAAAGUUUAUAACAUUCACAGAAUCGGAAAUUGAUUUUCUCAACAAAUGGUCGCAAACAUUGUUACAAUCUAUACAGCCUAAAGAAGCACAAACUGGUGUAAUUUUAAAUCAAUUUUUAGUUUCUUUUCAUGAUAACCAGAAUUAUUCUUCAUAUUUCGAUUUUAUUCAAACAUUGAUCACUGAAUUAAAUCAAAGAAUCGUGAAGAUCAAUUUAAAUAUAGGAAAUUCAUGUUCAUCACCAUGUUAUCCAUUACUUUUGGCCAUAAGAAAAUUGUUGUGUAACGAAAUCGAUUUAGUUAAACUAAAAUCUGAUCUUAAUGAUGAUGAAAAACAAUUGUCUGCUUGGCAAAUUUUAUUCAUCAGAAUAAUUGAUUCAUGUAUUGCUGCUUGCGAAUCGAUUAUAUCGAUUGUCUGUAACGAUUCACCCGAAGGUCACUUACCGACCACUGAAAAAUUGGAACUUAUUAAUUUUGAUCUUCAUAAUAACCGAUUGCAUAUGGUAUCACAAAUGCUUCUAAUGAAUGGUUGGAUGACUAUCAAAGAAUCAGUUCUCAUCAUAAGUCACUUGGUUAGUUCUUUUCCAUAUCAUCAAACGACUGAUGAUACUAUAAUAUCAUGCAAAUAUGUUGACAAAAUUAUCGAUUUUUUAUACGAAAAUCAACUAAAUCUUGUUCAUCGUGGAGCGUUUGAACAAAGCUCACGAGGAUUCAAUCAUCUUGUAGAAUCAUUGUUAAAGAAUAAAUGCAAAGUGUGUAGAAGAAAAAUUGAAUCGAAAAUCGAUGAAAUAAAAAUUCGAUUACAAAAUCUUGAAAAUGAUUUAAACUCUUCAUCUUCAACUUAUGUUUCAAUUACUCGUCGAAGUGCCGGACUUCCGUUUAUUAUUCAAUCGAUAAUUGCGGCCGAUCCAAACAGUAACUAUUGUUUGUCAUUCAUCGAAACAUUGAUUGAUAUAUUGGAUCCUGAAAAAAGUAAUCGAAGACAAUCUUGGCAAAUUAUUCAUUCAUUGAAUAUCGUUAAAUCAUUAGUGCAUGAUAAUCGAUUAUCACCUGUUAUUUCUGUUUGGAUUGAAAAAUUAUUUAAAAUAAGCAUUUUAUGGUUUAAACAUGAUACAUAUCAUCGUUGUCUUCAUGAUUCCAAUUCUACACAAUACUUAUAUUCUAUUCAGAACUCUACCUCGAUGUUAUUGAGUUCAUUGAUAACAAAAGUUUUUGGUGUUAAACGUAAUCGUUCAGAUACAAGUCGUAAAAAUCGAAUGUCAUCACUAUUAUUCUUUCAAAGUUAUCCAUCCCUUUAUUUGUUCAUUCUGCAACAAUUAGAAUCGUCACAAAUCUCAGAAUCUCAUUCGCAACUAUUGUUUAUUAAUCCUAUUCUGAUUAUUUUGUCCAAGUUGAUCAUUUCAAAAAGUGCGAAUAAUAUUUAUGAUGCCACUAAGUUUUUACCAUUAAUCGAAAAUAUUAUUUACAAUUGUCGUGAUGCUCGUUUACGUCAUUUAGCUGUUUGCACCUAUAAUCGUCUAUUGCCAUCAACUAGCUAUUCGAAUAUUAUUGUCAAUUUUAAUGAUCGAUUCAUUGAGAAUGAAACAAAAAUAAAGAAAUCAAAUUAUUUACAUGGUUUAGCAAUGCUGUUGGCUGAAAUUUCUCGAGAAUUUUAUCUACAUACAAUGAAUUCGAGUCCAGAAUCACAAGAUUUGUCCGUUUUGUUGAUCGAAUUGUAUCAGAAAUUGAUCAUAAUGUUUAAAAAUAAAUCGAUUACUAAUGAUCUGAUAUUGGGAAUACUUCAUCAAGCUCAUUAUAGAAUCUAUCUAUGUUUGAAAUUAAAAAAUCAAACCGAAAUUUUCAAGGAUCACACUGUAAUACUUGAAGAAAACUUGAUCAAUCUAAUUGAAAAUGGACAAAAACAAGAUGAUUAUUGCUUCAAUUUGAUAGUUGAUUAUCUUAUCCAUAGUUUCCUUGAUUCGACUGGUCAAGCAUUUUUCCCAACACUCAAAACGUUCGUUUCGAUAAAUUAUGCUUUCGAAGCUAAAUUGGCUCUUUGGUGUUGGCUUAUUAAUGGAAUAUUAUUGGAUGAUGAUAAUUAUACAAAACUAGAUCGUUUGGAAUCGAAUCUAUUCAAAUAUGAACAUUCAAACUUAGAUACUGUUUACAUUGAUAGUAUACAGGAAUUUAUCAAAAUUCAAAAAUAUCUUUCUAAAAAUUUCAACCAUCUAAUCAUCAGAUUGAACCGAGAAUCUUUUUAUAGCCUCAUUCAAAAUUCAAGCGAAAUAAAUAAAUUUUUCACUGGCCAAAGUUUGAAUUCUUUGUACAAUGUUGAAUUGCAUAUUUUAAAUGAAAUAUUCAUUCUUAUUUUCAAUGCAAGAAGAAUCGAAUUUUUCGAUAAUAUGAAUGACAUUCUUAAAAGAUUGACAAAAUUGAAUGUGAAUUCUUUGCUAGAUCUAGCCUUGAAAAUGAAAGAAAAUCGGCAUUUAUUAUUGCUUAUUGAACAAUGUAUUGAAGAUAUGAAUGAACCAAUUUUGAAUCUAUUAGUAUGGUCUAAAUUUCUUGAUAUUAUUGAAAAUCUAAGCUCAAAACUUGAAAAUAUACCUGAUCGUUUGGCAGCCAUUCAUUGUGUCGGUUGUUGUGUGAGAAAAUUUCCAUUUUCAGAUCUAUCCUUUGAUCAAGAUUCUUAUGAUAUUUUUGUUCGAAUUUUCAUUCAAUUUAUUCAACUUUUACAAGAUAAUGAAAAAAUUAUUCGUAAUAAUUGUGUGUUGCAGAUUGAAAAAUUAGCUAUCAUGUUUAAGAAUGAAUGUUAUCAAGAUAUUUCCCCGCAAAAGCUUUUGAUUCAAUUAUUUAUUCAGAAUAUGAUCCAUAGCAUUAAUCAGAAUCAAAUUGAACAAUGUAUUAAUUUGAUUCGUGCAAUUUUUAAAAUUGCUCUUCAUUUUCUUGUCAAUAACGACGACGACAUUGUCACCGAAACUUUUACAUCGGAUAAAUUAUUCGAUAAAACUAAAAUGAACAUUUUCAUUGAUGAAUAUUCAAUAUGGAAGGAUUUAAUUGAUGAAAUUCAUUCACUUUGUCAACAAUUUAUCGAACCAAAACUUUGUAACUCUACACUAAUGACGAUUCUCAAACAAAUCGAUGGUUACAUGUGCAAACAAUUCGAAGAAAUCGAAUACAAAUUGAAUGAUGAGACAGAUCUGAAUGAAGCUUCAGAAUUCGUCUAUAGUAAUCGAUCAAGAUUAAUAAAAUUUUUACAAUUAUUUCAACAAUUAGCUUAAAAAUUAUUUUGUUGUACUUUUUUUUUGAACAACACACAAAGAUUUACAAAUUUUUUUUUUGAAUAACAAUUAAUUGCAUUAAAGAUUUCUUGAUUAAUAAUUGAAUUAAAAGAGAAAGACUAUUCGAAUGUUUUGAUUUUGUCUAAAAUUUUUGGACACCGCAAAAUGCGCACAAAAUU